AUGGUCGGUCGUUUUCUGGUCGUUUCUUUUCUGUUCUCCUCGCUUAUUUCCCUUUCAUCUGCCGGUAAUUCCACAUCUCCGGAAGUCCCGAACCCACAAACCUCACCGGUCCCGGCGCCGGCCACAACUACCACACCGGCCACAACUCCCACAACUCGCAAGACAACCACGACUCGCCAGACAACCACAACUCCCACAACUCGCAGGAUCCCCACAACUACCACUCCUCCCCCCAAGACGGGUUUGAAGAAAUGCACCUCGGACGAGGACUGCAAAGAAAAUGGGUACAUUUGCAUGAAAGACACCGGUCUCGCACGGUUUUGCAUCCCAAGUGGGUUCUUUUUAAUGCUUUUUAUUAUUUUUUUAUUUUUUGGAUUUUUUUGACGAAAAAUAAUUUUUUUUGGAUGUUUUGGUGAAAUAAAAGUUUUAAAAAAGCCAAAAAAAAUUUCAAAAAUGCUAAAAAAAUUGGAAAAAUAUAUAUUUUUGAAAUUUCUCUUUGAAAAGAAAAAAAAUAAAAAAAUAAAAAAAAAAUAAAAAAAUCCAAAAAAAAGGAAAAUAUCGUUUUUUUUGUAUUUUUUUGAAUUUUUAACGGAAAUACAAAAUUUAAAAAAUAAAAAAAAACAAUUUCUAUUUAUUUUACAAUUUUUUCAGAGAUCCCUUGCCAAACGCAUAAAGACUGCCCCUCGUUAAACUGCAAGACCAACCACUGCUACCCAUGUAAGUUUCAAAGCCGCUAUGCAGGAAAUUAGACUUCUAUUUAGCGUGCUCGAAGUGCACGGUUUUCCAUUACCAGGGCGCAGCUCGCCUUGGAAAAGCCUUCAAUCUCCGGGUUGAUUUUUCAAUCAUAAUUGAAAAAUCAAUCAUAAUUCUCAGGAAAAUAAAAAGUGCGCGACUUGCGGUCGAUAUUUUGUACGAAGAAAAAAGUUGGGAAAAAGUUCCUUAUUUUGGCCACGACAAAGAUACUCCGCGAACUGCGCCCAAGCUUGGGCACUAAAGUUAGGAAAAAACGCUUCGACCUUUCUGGAACUGAAUUACUAUAAUAGCUCUAUAGUUUUAAGGGUACCUACGAAGGCUAUGACGACACAUUUAGCUCCAUACGGACGCAAUAAGUUUAGUUCCGGACAUGUUUCGUCGUAUAAAGUGUAAAAUCACAGGCUGCAGCCAUUUUUGAAGGGUAAGGUGCUACGUAAAAAAGAAGGUACCUCGCUAAGUAAAUCCACUGUCCGGGCAUUCACAACGAUGAAUUGAGCCUGCACGCUAAAUUUGGGCUAAUUCCUUAUAUUAUAACUUCCGCAAAGUUAUAAUAUAAGUUGUGGCCAAAAUAAGGAACUUUUACCGCACUUAGGCUUAUAUUUACGUGGUCGCAACACAAUGUCUUCCUUUCUCUUGGCGCAGCUUGCAUUGAUUUCUUUCGGUGUUGCCAAUUAAUCCAGGAAAAGCACAAAGAAAUUUCUUUUGUUUUUACGAUUUUUCUCCUUUUUCAGUGCGUGAAUUCUGCCUUUUGGCCCCAGAACCGAAUCCGUGCGCGGGCAGAAAGAAGUGUCAACGAUCCGCUGUUGUCAAUGACAUUGGAGAAUGCGUUACCACAGAUUGA